UUCUGUCCCUCCGCAGGCAGGCAGGCCGGCCGGCCGGCGGGCCGGCGCGGCCAGCAGAUGGCUCCGGUUCCUCGGCUGGCCGAGGCCUCCCGAAAGAAGCUCCUCUCUUCUGCCUCUCUUCCUUCUCCCUCGCUCCCCGCUCGGCGACCUCGGAGGGGCUGGUCUUCCUCGAGCCGAGGCUGCGAGAUCCGGUCCGCGGCGUCUAUGGAGCCGAAGAAGAGUCCGCGCCUUCGGGGGCGGCUUUGGCGCCCGGCCUGAGCCAGAGGGCCGAACAGCCCAGGGCUUGGCGGCGGGGUGGGUUGGUGGGAUUCAAUUGCAAUCCCCUCCAUCCUCCAUUCUUCGAAUUGGAGCCGGGGGUUGGACUAGAAGAUCUCCAGGGUCCCCUCCAACUCUAUUAUCCCCCAUCUCCCCCACCUCCAUCCAGCCGAGGGUCCUGCAUCAUUUAGGGAAGCAGAACAGAGGCGUCCGAGCUGCAGAAGAUUUGGCAAAAUGAUGUGUGUGUUUGUCUUUGGAACGUUCCCUCCUCUGGGAGGAACAGAGAUGGUGACAACGGAACCUUUUCAGCCACCGCCGUUCUUAUUUGAAGAGGUGGCCGUGUACUUUACAGAGGUAGAAUGGACUCUCCUGGACGCAGAGCAGAGAGAUCUGUACUGGGAUGUCAUGCAAGAAAACUACGAGACUGUGGCUUCACUGGCUGUUGCAAUCCCCAAGCCCGAGUUGAUCUAUCGUCUGGAACAAGGAGAAGAGCCAUGGAUCUCUGCCCAAGCAGCCUCGGAGGAGAAAAAAAUCCCCCUCAAUCUAUAUGAAGGAAACAACUUUUCUCUGGCUUCUCCCACUAUGCCAGCAAGCGAGGUGAUCGUGAGGGAGAUCAAGGAAGAGAUGGCAGAACCUGACAUUUUGGAUCCAGAAGAUCCGCCAUGGGCUUUGCUGGGGCCACCCCCAGAGAACCCUUCCUUAGCCUCAGAGGCCCGGUGCGGCCUGCAGAGACAGUGGGAGCUACAGGCCGGGCACAUCUGGCGGGAGCCUUCCAGGCACAUCAGGGCAGCCAGUUCCAAGCACAGCAUGUUCCACGUGGGCCGGAAGAAGCUGAUGUGCCCCGAAUGCGACCGGUGGUUUCACUGCAAGUCGGAAUUCUUGCUGCACUGGCGGACCCACACGGGCGAGAAGCCCUACGAGUGCCUGGCGUGCGGCAAACGCUUCAUCCAGAGCUCCCACCUCAGUGCCCACCGGCGCAUCCACACGGGCGAAAAGCCCUACGAGUGCCCCCGGUGUGGGCGGAGCUUCAACCGGCGCUCUACUUUGACGGAGCACCUGAGGAUCCACACCGGGGAGAAGCCGUACAAGUGCCUCCAGUGCGGGGAGAGCUUCCGCUGGCGGCCCUACCUGACCAAGCACCAGAGGGUCCACCUGGGCAACGCUGCGUACCGAGGCCUCAACAACAGAGAAGCCAUCUUUGAAGACUCACCCUGCCCUGAGCCUCUGGGAAGACUAACAGCGGAUGGCGCCAUCGAGAGUGGCGCCUCAGAAGCCGAGUCCCUGCAUGCUGCCUCUGCCUUAUCGAAACCGGGCAGUGGGGCGAAGCCGAGCCCUGAGACCUGCGGGCUCAGGCAAGGCUCAGGCGGGCAGCCACCCAGGUGGCCCGUAAAGACCGAAUCGGAGCUGCUGCCCGGUGGGAACGACGUCACCGACAUCAGCCAAAUCAAGAUCGUUCAGAUCGAGAAGAAGCACGUAUGCCACGACUGUGGGAAAGCCUUCCAGUAUAAAUUCGAACUGGUGAAGCACCGCCGGACCCACACGGGGGAGAAGCCCUUCGAGUGCCUGGCCUGCGGGAAGCGUUUCUUCCAGAGCACGCACCUCAACGCCCACCUGCGCAUCCACACGGGCGAGAAGCCCUACGAGUGCCCCCGGUGUGGGCGGAGCUUCAACCGGCGCUCCACCCUGACAGAGCACCUGAGGAUCCACACGGGGGAGAAGCCGUACAAGUGCCUCCAGUGCGGGGAGAGUUUCCGCUGGAGGCCCUACCUGACCAAGCACCAGAGGGUCCACCUGGGAGAGAAUACCUACAGAUACUUCGACAGCGGAGGCAGCCUCUAUGGCACCUCUUCCUUCCCAGAGCGUCAUCAAGAGGAGAGCCAACCAGAAUAUUUAACCGCCACCCCGGAUUUAAUCUCCCAACGAGACCCAUGGUGGCUGCAGCAGUCGGAGGAAAGAGAGAGCCGAGGGAGUCGGAGUCGAGGCAAAGGACAACGUGGACCAUCUUGGAUCCUCUCUGAGGGAGAAUCUGAAGGCCGUGUUUCACCCACUGCUCCCCCUUACAAGGGGGCAGGACCCCGAGAUGCUUGUGGCAAUGUGACAGCCGAAGAUCUGGCAGAAAAUCAACCACAGAGUGGCCUUGAGAUGGUCAGUGAUGUGUUAUCACACAGCUCUGACAGAGAUGCUUCCCUACAGCCUGGGAUAGUUUCUAAAAGCAGGAACGCUUGAGGAAAAAAAACGGAUCGAAUCUGACAGCUUCUUCACACAAGGCCGUUCCUGUCUUCCAGUUCCUGUUUUAGCCUGCGGAUGGCGAAACAGCCCAGCAAUUGAAAGAAAACAGCAUCCCGUGCAAAACCCCUUUUAUCCAGGAGAAAAAAGAAAAAAAAGGGGGAGAGGCUUUAGAGUCCCAAGGCUUCAUACAACAUCUUUAAAAACAAA